UGUUAGCUAGUAAGCUAACCUAUCUAUACUCAACAAAAAUAAACGCAACAAUUAACGAUUUUAUCGAGUUACAGUUCAUAUAAGGAAAAUCUAUUGAAAUAAAUUAGGACCUAAUCUAUUAAUUUCACUUGACUGGGGAUACAGAUAUGCAUCCGUUGGUCACAGAAUUUAAAGAAAAAGGUAGGAGCGUGGAUCAGAAAACCAGUCAGUAUUUGGUGUGACCACCAUUUCCCGCAUGCAGCAAGAUACAUCACCUUCACAUAGAGUUGAUGAAGCUGGGGAUUGUGGAAUGUUGUCCCACUCUUCAAUUGCUGUGCGAAGUUGCGGAUAUUGUCGGGAACUGGAACACGCUGUCAUACACAUCGAUCCAGAGAAUCCCAAAUGUGCUCAAUGACUGACAUGUCUUGUGAGUAUUUAGGCCAUGGAAGAAUUGGGACAUUUUCAGCUUCCAGGAAUUGUGCAUAGAUCCUUGCCAUUAUCAUGCUAAAACAUGAGGUGAUGUCGGCAGAUGAAUAGCAGGACAAUGGGCCUAAGGAUCCUGUCACAGUAUCUCUGUGCAUUCACAUUUCUAUCGAUAAAAUGCUAUUGUGUUUGUUGUCCGUAGCCUAUUCUUGCCCAUACCAUAACCCCACCAUGGGGCACUGUGUUUACAACGUUGACAUCAGCAAACCGCUUACCCACACAACACCUCUGCGGUUGUGAGGCCGGUUGGACAUACUGCCAAAUUCUCUAAAAUGACAUUUGAGUCAGCUUUUGGUAGAGAAAUGAGCUUUCAAUUCCCCGGCAACAGCUCUGGUGGACAUUCCUGCAGUCAGCAUGCCAAUUGCAUGCUCCCUCAACUUGUGGCAUUGUUAUGACAACUGCACAUUUUAGUGGCCUUUUAUUGUCCCCAGCACACGGUGCACCUGUGUAAUAAUCAUGUCUAAUCAGCUUCUUGAUAUGCCACACCUGUCAGGUGGAUGGAUUAUCUUGGAAAAGGAGAAAUCCUCACUAACAGGGAUUUAAACAAAUUUGUGCCCAAAAUUUGAGAGAAAUAAGCUUUUUGUGUGGAUGAAAGAUUUCUGGGAUGUUUUUUUUAUUUCAGCUCAUGAAACAUGGGACCAACACUUACAGGUUGCAUUUAUAUUUUUGUUCAGUCUAGAUGUGGUUCUGCCUAGCCCUAGAUCAUGACUCUUAGUUCCAUUACACAUUGUACGAAGGCGUCUUCUGUAGGGGGGAGUUUUGAUAAGAUCCCCGCACUCGGUCUGAACAUUAACAUACAUCGCAUUCGGUAAGGUUUUGGAAGCAUAUGGACCUCAUUUUUCAUAUCGGCAAUAGCAUACAGCAGACACUACCAUUGUGAGAGAAGAGUGGUGGAAGUAGGACAACGUUGGGAUGCUUGCGUGCAGACCAAACAUACAGUGAAGAGGAGUGGCAGCAAUGUUGCCUGGUGUUGGUGUGUUUGGCACAGGGAGUACGGCACGGAUGCUAGUUCCAUUGCUACGGGGGGAAGGGUUUGAAGUACGUGCGCUCUGGGGGAGGAGCGAGGAGGAGGCACGAUCCCUGGCGCAGGAGCUGGGCAUUCCGUUUCACACCAGCCAAUCAGACGAUGUCUUAUUGCACCCUGAUGUUGACCUGGUCUGCAUCUACAUCUCACCCCCACUCACACGGCAGAUUGCCGUCAAAGCUCUGGGGAUAGGUAAGAAUGUGGUAUGUGAGAAGGCUGCUACGGCUGUGGACGCGUUCAAGAUGGUGACUGCGGCGCGGUACUACCCCCAGUUGCUGAGCAUUGUGGGUAAUGCUCUGCGCUUCCUCCCAGCAUUCGUAGCAAUGCGGCAGCUGCUGGCAGAGGGAUACGUGGGUGAGCUGCAGGUGUGUGACGCCCGUGUCUAUGGCCCCAGUCUGCUCGAUCAAUCAUACGGCUGGACCUGCGAGGAGCUGAUGGGGGGUGGCGGGCUCCACACAGUUGGCUCUACCCUCGUGGACCUGCUGAGUCACCUGACGGGAGCACGGGCGAUACGGGUGCAUGGCCUUCUCCGGACGUUUGUGCGGCAGAAUGGAGCGAUCCGCGGGAUCCGCCGCGUCACCAGUGAUGACUUCUGUUUCUUCCAGAUGCUGAUGGGAUGUUCUGGACGAGGGACUGGGUCAGGAGUGUGCUGCACUGUGACUCUGAACUUCAACAUGCCGGGGGCCUUUGUCCACGAGGUGAUGGUUGUUGGGUCAGCAGGGAGGCUGAUUGCCAGGGGGACAGAGCUGUAUGGGCAGCGAAAUGGAGGGAACGGGGAGGAGCUGCUGCUAGGGGACAGCGAAGGGGCAGGACAAGAGGUCAAGGAUGUCCCCCUGCCACACCUGCGGGGGCUAGGCUCCAUGGUUAAGGCUCUAAAAGAUGCUUUCCAGGCACAGGAAGAGCGUCGGUCGUGGGUGCGGGGGCCAGUUGCCAUGGCGUCGACGUUUGAGGAUGGGCUGUACGUGCAGACGGUGGUGGAGGCAGUGAAACGGUCAAGCCGCAGCGGAGAGUGGGAAAGUGUGGAGGUCAUGACACAGGAACCAGAUCCCAACCAAAACCUCUGUGAGGCGCUGCAGAGAAACAAGAACUGAAUACUCGUUUAUAUAUACACACACGAAUAUAAAUGACCUUCAGACAGCCUCUAUGGCCUGUCCCCUAUCAACCACUACCCUGUGUCUGGCGUCCUCUUCCGUGCAUCAGGGCCACACUCAAAGCCACAGCAUCCUGUCCUGCAAGAACCCACAGCCAGGCAGACUGGUGGGCACACCUUCUACUUGAUGUGAACUCUUCUUCUCAGCAGAGUUUGUGUGUGCAUGCCUGUGUGCGUUUUUAAAAUUUUCCAGCCAAUCCGACCCUAGUUCCCCUUACCCACACACAUUCCUGUCAAAUCAGUGAACACCUUGAAGGAGGAAGUGUUAAGUGUUCACACUACAGUUUCUCACUGUGCCUCACUACUUCUGCUGAUGUAAGAAAUGUUUGGAGUUGCUUACAUAUGUCACAGAUGAAAUGUAGGAUUAUCUCUUAUACAUGUGUAUUAUACACAAACUGUUACUUUUAAAGAGUCAUUUACUAACUCAAGAAUUUCAUAACAAAUCUAACUUUACUAGUUCUCGUAGAGUUUACAAGAAGAUGCGUAUCAUCAGACUGCCAUCACAGCAGUUACUCAUAUGCAACCGCCCUUGACUUUCAGUUAUUAUUUGAUGUAUGUUUUUGUAUAUUUUAUUAUAUUGAUUGUUGAUCCCAUGUUCCAUAUCAGCAUCUCCUGCACUGCUAAAAUGCUACUACAACCUCUGUGCUGUGUACAAGCCUGUGAAUAGAAUGUGUCUGACUAUAUGGUGGAAAGACUACUGUAUUUAUUUCAUUUUUACUUUUGCGUUUUACUAAGAAAAGGCUAUGUCUUUUUAUUUAAGUAGUAUGUGUUCAGGAAGUGGAAAUUAGUCUAAGCUAUAAGAAGUUUGUUAAUGGAUAUUUAUAUUUUGUGUGUUAAGUUAUCAUUUCAGUUUUACUUGGUGUUAUCACUGUUACACACAAUACCUGUGAUUUUGUUUUCAGUGGGGGGGGACAGAGGCUGUGAAAACAUACUGUGCACUCGUGCUACUUCCCAAGUUAAUAAAUAUCUCAGUCUUA